AGAAAGAAAGAAAGAAAGAAAGAAAGAAAGAAAGGAAGGAAGAGAGAGAAAGAAAAUGAACAAAGGAAGUGGUUAGCAAAUGUGAUCAUGUGAUCAGGGAACUAAGAGAGUUUCAUCUGCUGAUGCUGCAGAACAGACUUGCUGCUUUCUUUUGCCUUCCUUUUAACUCCUUGUGAUCUUCAAGGCAAACCAGGUUAGUCCUGCCACCAUGAAACCUCUUGCUCGGCUUCUCUUCUUUCUCCUCCAGUUCCAGGAAGGGAAUCUAGUUUCACAAACCAGCUCAACCCCAUUGAUGGUGAAUGGGGUUCUGGGGGAGUCAGUAACUCUUCCCCUGGAGUUUCCUGCAGCAGAGAAGAUCAAGUCCAUUACUUGGCUUUACAAUGGAACAUCUAUUGCCUUCAUAGAACCCUCUGAAACCAAAAGUCCACAAAUCCACGUGACUAACCUGAAACGGGGAAAGCGACUGAACUUCACCCAGUCCUACUCCCUGCAACUCAGCAACCCGGAGAUGGAAGACACAGGCUCUUACAGUGCCCAGAUGUCUUCAGGGACCACUGUAAAAGUGUCCAGUUACGCUCUGAGGAUAUUCACAGAGCGGCUGCCAAGGCCUGAUGUUAGAGUGGAGUCUAUCAUCUCUGAGAAUGGGAUCUGUAAUGCCAUCUUGAGGUGUUCUGUGGAGGAAGGAGGAGAGACCACCACGUAUGAGUGGACAUCAGUGGGACCAGGGGCUGCUGUGUCCCAUGUGGGGUCCAUCCUCAAUGGCUCCUGGAGCCUUCAUGAUCUGGACAGGAGCUACACUUGCACAGCUCUGAAUCCUGCUAGCAACAGCAACUCCACUCCUAUCCGUGCUGCGCAGCUUUGUGCAGGUUCCAAGGCAGCUGAAGGCACCUAUUGCCCAGUGAAAUGGAUUUUCCUGGGGAAGGGGCUUCUUCUCCUUGUGUUCCUUGGGGUCCUAGGAACUUGGUAUAUCCAGACACAGGUGCUCAGCAAACGCCUGAGGCCUAACUCAGGGUGAUAAGAGGCCACCAGUACCCCAAGAGAGCCAGGCUGUGCCCAGCUGAAACCAUUGCUUUUCUGUGGCUAAAUUUCAUUUAUUGACCUGCACUCUUUUCAAGGUGAAGUACUACGGAUUGUCAAAGGCCAUUGGGAUAAGAAUUUUUUAUUUUGUCAUGUCCGCGCCCAUGUACAUGCUCAUUUUUUUUUUAAGAAAGAAGAAGUUUGGUCAAGAAGAGAUAAAAUAACUGCAUGAACACCAUAUGCUACCUAUUCUAAGCAUAUUUUUUCACCACAAUUUAAGGUUUCUGAAAUCAAGUCAUAAUAUAAAUGUAUACAGCUAAAAGGAAUAGGGUGUUUUUCUCCUGAAAUAUCAUUAUUUAAAUGAUCUGCUUUUAAAAA